AUGAAUAAAUUUACAUUAUUUUUCUUAGACAAAAGAAUUGAAGACAGCUAUUAGGCUUAGUCUCUCUAGAACAUUAGGAUGACACAUUUUAAUUUACUUUCUAAAGGUUAUUUGAUCACUUUUAUUAUCAGAUGCAUAACUUUUUUAUUAAGCAGUGAUUUUAAUAGAUUUUAUCCAAACCUAUCAAUGCUUUUAUUCUUCAUUGUAGUAGAGAUUUUUUUUUCCAAACACAAUUUAAGCUUGAGAGUCCUCUCAAUAAUAGCAAAUCAUUUGUUGACAAUAUUUUUUUAUUUAUUCGAUGAAGAAACCGAUGUUGCUACUGCACAUUUGAAAGGGGUGAACUAGAUGGGAUCCAACUUUUUAAUAACGAUAGGAAGUGAAUUUCCAGAAGCAUUAUUUUAAGUGAUAUCAAUUACAGGGAUCAGAAUAUAUUUUGUCUUGCAAUAAUCAAAAACAGUAAGUUUGUAUCCGAUCUCAAGCCUGAUCCUCGUUUCUGUGUUUUACUUAUUUUUUCAUUAUAAAUUCAAUGAAGCAAUGAGAGCCUAAUUUAUGCUCAUUUAAAAAGAUCAAUAAUGGGAGACAAUAUUAAGAUAGCUAAUCGAUAAGCAAACUUAUGUCAUGUUAAAUUUCAAUGAAAAUUCAUUUCAUUUCGAGUUUGUUAUGGCAAGGAAUUUUCAAAAUAGGUGUAUGAAAAAUAAAGAAGAGAUUUUAAAUUUCUUCAAAGAAGCUCAAUAUAAUAAAAAGUCCUUAAACGAUUAUUUAUAUGAAUAGAUGAAACAAUAUCAAAAAACAAGAAUAGAUAUUUUUAGAAAAGAAAUUUUUAUCAAGAAACAACGAGAAAUGGUAAAAUUAGAAUUUUCUAUUUUUUUUGGAAAUUAAGCAUCUAUUUUAUUGAUUUUCCACAAACCCAAAUUGUAGUUAUCCAAUGUAGUAGAAAAUGUAAAUAACAAAGUUCUAUUUUAAUACUUAGUAAAAUUAUUAAAUUGUUUUAAUAAAAAAUAUAAAACGUAACCAUCUUAUAUAAAUUUAAUGAAAAAAAUUCACCUGAUAGAAAUUUAUCAAAACUUACAAAAUAGUUGGGAAAACUAAGUUUAAGAAAUUAACCUUUAAGCUGUAAUUUCAGAGUAGAUAAAAUAUUUUUCUAACAUCAUCCUAAAGAUAAAUUCUAAGUCAACAAUAACCAUGAGAACAAAUAAAGAUAUUAUUAGUUUAAUAUUAUUUAAGAUAUUUUCAAAUACAAAUACUUCUCUAAUCAAAUUGAGGUACACUUCUGCAGAGGAAGAAGAGAAGGUUUAACUCCGUUUUCAUGGUAGUUUUAAUUGUAAAGAUGUUCUUUCAUUUUUCACUUUCCAUAAAGAACAUAUCAGUAGAUUUGGCAUGCUAACAAAUAUAACAAAUAGCAGUAAUUGUUUUAUUNUUACUUUCUAAAGGUUAUUUGAUCACUUUUAUUAUCAGAUGCAUAACUUUUUUAUUAAGCAGUGAUUUUAAUAGAUUUUAUCCAAACCUAUCAAUGCUUUUAUUCUUCAUUGUAGUAGAGAUUUUUUUUUCCAAACACAAUUUAAGCUUGAGAGUCCUCUCAAUAAUAGCAAAUCAUUUGUUGACAAUAUUUUUUUAUUUAUUCGAUGAAGAAACCGAUGUUGCUACUGCACAUUUGAAAGGGGUGAACUAGAUGGGAUCCAACUUUUUAAUAACGAUAGGAAGUGAAUUUCCAGAAGCAUUAUUUUAAGUGAUAUCAAUUACAGGGAUCAGAAUAUAUUUUGUCUUGCAAUAAUCAAAAACAGUAAGUUUGUAUCCGAUCUCAAGCCUGAUCCUCGUUUCUGUGUUUUACUUAUUUUUUCAUUAUAAAUUCAAUGAAGCAAUGAGAGCCUAAUUUAUGCUCAUUUAAAAAGAUCAAUAAUGGGAGACAAUAUUAAGAUAGCUAAUCGAUAAGCAAACUUAUGUCAUGUUAAAUUUCAAUGAAAAUUCAUUUCAUUUCGAGUUUGUUAUGGCAAGGAAUUUUCAAAAUAGGUGUAUGAAAAAUAAAGAAGAGAUUUUAAAUUUCUUCAAAGAAGCUCAAUAUAAUAAAAAGUCCUUAAACGAUUAUUUAUAUGAAUAGAUGAAACAAUAUCAAAAAACAAGAAUAGAUAUUUUUAGAAAAGAAAUUUUUAUCAAGAAACAACGAGAAAUGGUAAAAUUAGAAUUUUCUAUUUUUUUUGGAAAUUAAGCAUCUAUUUUAUUGAUUUUCCACAAACCCAAAUUGUAGUUAUCCAAUGUAGUAGAAAAUGUAAAUAACAAAGUUCUAUUUUAAUACUUAGUAAAAUUAUUAAAUUGUUUUAAUAAAAAAUAUAAAACGUAACCAUCUUAUAUAAAUUUAAUGAAAAAAAUUCACCUGAUAGAAAUUUAUCAAAACUUACAAAAUAGUUGGGAAAACUAAGUUUAAGAAAUUAACCUUUAAGCUGUAAUUUCAGAGUAGAUAAAAUAUUUUUCUAACAUCAUCCUAAAGAUAAAUUCUAAGUCAACAAUAACCAUGAGAACAAAUAAAGAUAUUAUUAGUUUAAUAUUAUUUAAGAUAUUUUCAAAUACAAAUACUUCUCUAAUCAAAUUGAGGUACACUUCUGCAGAGGAAGAAGAGAAGGUUUAACUCCGUUUUCAUGGUAGUUUUAAUUGUAAAGAUGUUCUUUCAUUUUUCACUUUCCAUAAAGAACAUAUCAGUAGAUUUGGCAUGCUAACAAAUAUAACAAAUAGCAGUAAUUGUUUUAUUAUAUUCUAGGUAUUUUUCUUUAUUUUGAAAAGAAUCCAUAUGUGCCAUUCACUGGCAAAGAGAAAUAUUAAUAAACACUUGAAAAUUGA